AUGCAACCCCUCACGUUAGCAGCCGUCGGCAUCGCCCUGGUGGCCUUUGUGGCCAUCUCCAUCCUGAACAAUGCACGGCGUCCAAAGAAGGCCGAGGCAGACCACCAAUUGCCUGGGCCCAAGUUGCUACCGAUCAUUGGACGCAUUCACGACAUGCCUAUUCAGAAGAUGUGGAUCAAGUUCAAGGAGUUCGCAGAUAUCCAUGGCCCAAUCUACUACACCGAGAUGCUUGGCACGUCGUUCAUCAUCGUCUCUGAUGAGAAGAUUGCCGAAGAACUUCUUGUCAAGAAGGCAAAGUACAACUCCGACAGACCUGCUGUUCCUUCUCUCUUUGAUUCCAAGAGUACUCAUGGCUCCAUGGAAUACCUUCCCUUGAUGGGCAAGAACCAAUACUGGGCCAGGCAACGUCGCUUCACACAUGGCUACCUGACACAAGCCACCAACGCUGGCUACUAUGGUGUCAUGCAACAUGAAGUCAAGCGAUGGAUGUUCCGUCUGCUCGAAAACCCUGACAACUUCAACUACACUCUUGAGGACAUGGCAUCUAAGAUCAUGUGCACGCUGAACUGGGAUGACCCAAGCCUGAGCGAGUACUGUAUUGGUAGUGCUUGGGGCCUUCUUACUCAGAUGUCUCCCGCCGGUCCUAUCACUAACAUCCUCACACCUCUCUGGAAGCUUCCUGAAAUGAUCAACCCAUGGAAGAGGGCUGAGCACAAGCGUCAUGAUGAACAACAACGCUGGUGGAUGGAGAACCUUGUCCGUGUAAAGACCCAAAUGAAGGCAGGUACUGCUCGCUGGAGUUUCACAAAGCAGUUCCUCGAGACCGAAAAGACCAACAACCUCUCUGGCGACUACGAAGCAUCUUCCGUUCUUGGUAUGCUCGCGCUUGUCGGUAUCUUUACUGUUGCCGGACCUCUGAACUACUUCCUUGUCGCCAUGGUUCACAACCCCGAAUGGCUUCAGAAGGUUCAGAAGGAGAUUGACGAACAACUCGAAGGACGUAUGCCCAGCAUUGAGGACUUCCCUAAGCUUCCUACUCUCCGCGCUUGCAUCAAGGAAUCUAUGCGCUGGCGUCCCAACGUCCCUACCGGUGUCGCACACGAGGCCGAGCAGGACGACUACUACCGCGGUUACUUCAUCCCCAAGGGCGUUCGCAUUCUACCCCUCGACUACGCUUUCCUCCUCAACCCUGUCAAGUAUCCCGACCCAGAGAACUACCGCCCAGAACGCUGGCUUGAGGCCGGCUGGCCAACUUUCCAGGAGCCCCUGACACAACACCCCAACAUCAAGGGCAUGACGUCCUUCGGCUUUGGACAAAGACAGUGUCUCGGCAUGUCAUUGACGCAGGACGAGCUCAUUGUGGCUUGUGGUGCACUAGCGUGGGCGUACAACCUCAAGCGCAAGGUCGACCCUGCCACCGGCCGAGAGAUCGAGGUCCCCACCGACAAGUGCAACUCAUUGCUCAUCGUUAAACCCGACCCAUUCGAGAUGGCAUUCGAGCCUCGCAGCGAAGCACGCAAGGCCGACGUCAUUCGCGAGUGGAAGAUGUCCGAAGCUAAGGAUCUCGAGGAGCGGGCUGCGUAUGCUAAGGCCGCAGCACUCGGACAGACGCAAAAGUUUGAGGACAUCACGAUCUAA